AUGACUUCUGUAAGAAAGAGAAAGAUGGCUCGUUCCUCUGUGAGGAAAAACACAAGAAGAGUGAAAGAUAAACAACGAAACAUCAAUAUUCAUUCAAAUCCUAUCAUUGCUGCGAAUUGGGAUAAAUCUUUAACUUUACAACAAAAUUAUAAACGUUUAGGAUUAAGAGCAAAGUUAGGGAGCUUAGCUGGUGGUGUAGAAAAGAAAGUAGAAAGUUUGACAGAAAUAAAAGCUAGACGUGAGAAUGAAGACAAUAAUAAGAUUCCUAGUGUGUCUGAUAUUGAACAAACUGAUGAUCCGGCCAAGAUUCCUGAAGGUGAAGCUAGAAUAAUUAGAGAUCCUGAAACAAAUGAAGUUAUAAAAGUUAUUCAUGGGACUAUGAAAGUGAUUAGGAAAGACCAAGAUGCUGAAGUUGAAAACACUUCUGUGAUUAAACAAUUGGAAGAAUAUGCUCAAAAGAAUAGUCAAAUUAAGAAAGAAAGACAUCUUUCUCAACGAGAAAGUGACUGGUUAAAGAGUUUAUAUGAAAAAUACGGAGAUGAUUAUGAAAAGAUGAAAUGGGAUAAGAAAUUAAACAUUUAUCAACAAACUGCCGGUGAUCUUAAAAGAAGGAUUCAAAAAUGGAAAAAGGCAAAUGGUAUUAAUUAA